UCCAGUAAUCAAGCGCGUCCUCGGAGCGCUCUACGCUUUCAAGGGAGGACAUGCGGCGAUAGCAAUGAGGAGCUGUACGUAGGAUAUCUAAAGAACCAUUAGGCUGAGUCCUCUAUGAUUCAGCCACAAUUGAUUAUAUCAUAUUACCACCCAGUUCAAGCAUUGAAUCAUGGCAGACCCCAAGCCACCCUCUGACAGGCCUCAGAGGAAGAUGUCCACUACAGGGGACAGUUUAUACAAGGUGCUGGGACUGGAGAAAGGGGCCACAGCAGAGGACAUUAAAAGAGCCUACAGAAAACUGGCUCUGAAAUACCAUCCAGACAAGAAUCCAGACAACCCUGAAGCAGCAGAAAAGUUCAAAGAAAUCAAUAAUGCCAACUCAAUCCUCACCGAUGAGACCAAACGCAAGAUCUACGAUGAAUAUGGCUCCAUGGGGCUCUACGUGUCCGAGCAGUUUGGAGAAGAGAGUGUCAAAUACUACUUCCUCAUGUCGAAGUGGUGGUUCAAGGCUACGGUCAUGUGCUGUGCCGUUUUCUCCUGUUGCUGCUGCUGUUGCUGCUGCUGUUUCUGCUGUGGAAAGUGCAAACCACCAGAGGAGGAUGAGAACUACCAGUAUGUGGACCCAGAAGACUUGGAGGCCCAGAUCAAAGCAGAGCAGGAUGGAGGAGGUGAAACAAUAAUUAUUGUCCAGCCUAUACCUAGUCCUGGUCCAGAAAUCUGCAGUGAAUCUAUACCGGAUACAAAAUGACUUGCUCAAAUGUCCCUAUUUUGAUCCAGCCCAGUUCCACCGUCAACACCUCAGAGUCCACGUAUUUCGCAGCCAGCCAGUCCACGUACAACACCCAGAAAUGAGCCACCUGCCUGGUCCUGGUCCCGGUCAUUACUGAGGGGGUCCUGCUGAUGAACUCUAAUGCCCCUGAUGUAGUGUGCUGACGGCAGGGCAUCACGGCACCAGGACUAAACAGUGCCACUGCGCCAUACCCUGACUCUGACCCACUGGAAUUGAGUGGCAGUUUGCCAAAAGACAAGGAAGCCUCUGCCAAUCUCAUCUGUGUCUCCGUUGGUGUGUAUGUCUGUCUGUUCGUAUAUAACUACAUGUUCAUUUCAAAAUAAUAUAGCUGUGAGACUGGUGUCACUGGGCAGUGCUCCAUGUGGGAAGUGGGUUUUACUUUUGGGGUGUUUCUUUUUGGUUCUGGCUAUUUAUUUAAUUUUUUACAUUUUUUUUAUUAAUGUGUUAGAAGCAUGGAUGUGAGUGGAAUGAUCAUGUGAGUGCAUGCAAAGCAAUAACAGCAUGCCACUACUAUACAGCAUAGGAACGUUGCAAGAACCCCUCCCACUUAUCUUCAUCCAAAUGCGGAGCCACAACAUGGCACUUUUUUUAUUAUUAUUUUUUUUUUAUUUGCUUCUUUAGAUGGCAGUGUUUUCCGUUCUCAAGUUUGCAGUCAUCUGUUACAUUUGCAUUAUAUUGCAUUUCGUUUAAGAUCAAAUUGGUCAAUCAUACGCAAAUGACAUGACAUGGCUGCGUAGAGACUUUUUCUGACCAAAGCGAAGGCAGACGUCACAAACGUCAGCUGACGUGCCGUGUGCAAUGGUCAUACAUUUCCCUAAAAUCAGAACACUUGAAUAUGCUGGUGAAAGUUGUUUUUCUAUGCACUUUUUUCCACUACCUUCAUUGGAGGCUUCUAAUGCAAAUCUAAUGGCUUCAGCCCUUACAACUAUUUCACUACUGCGAAAGCGAGAAAAUCUGUAAAUGUGAAGUUGUUCAAAGGGGCUGAAAUGGGAUCAACCCUAUUUUUGGUGAACGCUAUGCCAAAUCGAGCAAACCUAUGCUUUCUUUGUGCUCUUAGGACAUAUGAUAACAAAACGCAAAUAUUUUUAAUGAUCUUAUUUAUUUUUAAUAUAUCAAAAUUGAGAUUAAUGUGUAUGACAUGUUCUGAGUGAAACGAUGCACUGUGUAAACUUGAUUUCAAAAUUUGGAUCUGCAAGAGCCUCAUGAUUUUAGCAAUAAGGAAAUGCCCGUUGUGUUAAAUGUGAAGGACUCAAAAUAGUCAAUAGUCAGGUUACUGUUAGAAACACUAUAUCAGUCAGUACAUUAGAUGCCAAAUGUUUUCCCUGUAAAUUGUUGUUCCAAAUGCAAUAGUAUAUACAUGGAUUGUACACCAUUUUGUUUCUCUGUGCAAAUAGAAAUGUAUGUAAGUAGUAUAUGGUCAUCUGUCUGUUCUGGUUGUCAUUUUGGGGGGCAUUUUCUUAUAGCCAAGAAGUUUUCUUUUAUUCCGUAAAAACUGGAUGGUACUUUCAGAGAAUAAACUUGCCAAAAGAAAGAGAUAAAGCCAGAUGUUCAUUAGAAAGCAUUGGGAUAUGAUCUGCUUCCAAACCAACUGUUACUUUAAGAUUUUUUUUUUUUUCUCUCCAUUGGUACAUUUCCAUGCUCACUGGAUCGCUUAAUUUAAUUGCACAAGGCCCAUUUCUGCAAUCAACAAUUUACUCUUUUGGCACUUGUUUGGGGUGCAAAUGAUAACUAUGAUUUUAAAGCAUUUGAGAGGUUUUGGCCUCUUCACCAGUGCACAUAUUAAGUUGUAUGAUGCUAAUAACCUGUUUGAUGAGGGGGAAAAGCCAAAUCUGGUCUGAAUUUACCAACAGCCAAAAAUGAGCUUAGAACCACAGUACUACAUUGCUACUUUCCUCCUGUUUUUAUUCAACAUGGUUCGCAAUGCAUCACAACAUAUUUCAUUGUCUGUUUAUAUUAUCUGAAGUCUGAAUUAAUUAAAUAAAUGGAGAUUUGUAAAAAUUUGCAUUUGAG